AAGACAUCAAGGUAUUGAACUCAUAAUGUUGUGAGUUUAUACAUGCCAGACUGUGUUCCAUCACUUUUUGAAGCAGCAGCUUUGGUAAUGCACUGCUAUCAUGGCUGAACAAAGGCAACGUGCUUUGUCAACAUCAGGUGAAGCGCUAUAUGACAUCCUGGCACUAGAGAAGGGAGCAACACAUGAUGAGAUUAAGAAGUCCUACAGAAAACUGGCUCUGAAAUAUCAUCCUGACAAAAAUCCAGACAAUCCAGAGGCUGCAGAAAAAUUUAAAGAGAUCAACAAUGCUCAUGCAACCCUGACUGAUCUGUCCAAGCGAAACAUAUAUGACAAGUAUGGAUCAUUGGGGCUCUAUGUGGCGGAACAGUUUGGUGAGGAAAAUGUUAACACCUACUUCAUGCUCUCGAGCUGGUGGGCAAAGGGCCUGUUUGCAGUCUGUGGUUUGCUGACAGGCUGCUACCUCUGCUGCUGCCUCUGCUGCUGCUUCAACUGCUGCUGUGGAAAGUGUAAACCGAAGGCACCUGACGGGGAGCAGCAGGAGUUUUGUGUGUCUCCAGAAGAUUUGGAAGAGCAAAUUAAGAACGACAUGGAAAGAGACGGAGAAACUCCUAUUACACUUCAGCCGACUAAUGUAACUGAGAAGACACAACUGAUUGGGGACAGCCAUCGGAGCUAUCGCACAGAGUCCUAG